UUGUUUUCUAUUUCCGCGUCAAGAUGCGUACUUUUAGUCUUUAGAUCGUUCGGACCGAGAGCAGAGUUGCUCCACGGCGGAGAGUGGUCCAGUUCCAGUUGAACUUUGUGGGCUCGAAAUUUCUCCAGGGAAAAGUGAACCCUUUGGGAAUAAUUUGUGUUCUGUGCGAUCUUAUAGUCAUUUCCGAUAUUUCGGUUAAAAGAAGAUAAAUGUCCACCGAGUGUACUAUUCGUUUUGAUAACAAUCCACAUGGAGUAUACUACAGCGGUCAGCUAGUUUCCGGUGCAUGCGAACUCGUUACCACGAAGCAGAAAACCAUAAGAGCAAUCUACAUUACAAUCAAUGGGUUCGCUCAGGUGCGCUGGACUGAAAGCCGUUCCCGAAAAACUGCUGAAGGGAAAAGUGAGAAUUACAUUGAAACCUUCCGAGGUGACGAGCAGUACUUGUCCUCACGAACAGUGGUGUUAGGCCAGGAUACUGGAAAUUUCUUCGAAUUACAUCCUGGCAAAUAUGUGUACCCAUUCCAAAUUCAACUUCCACCCCAUGUGCCGACGUCUUACAAUGGAUUUUACGGACAAAUUAGAUAUGAAGUCAAUUUAGCAAUCGAUAGGCCUUGGAAAUAUGAUAACAUCUUCAGACAACCAUUUACUGUCAUUUCACCACUUGAUUUAAAUACGAAUCCGAUUUAUAGGGCACCUGUAGAAAAGAAGGAAGAAAAACAAUUUUGUUGCGGGACAUGUUUCUAUUUCAAAAACGAUCCAAUCGUCCUCAACGCAGACAUUCCUUACUCAGCAUUUGCCCCUGGACAGAAUAUUGACUUUAAAAUAUUUGUGGGCAACGAAUCGAAUGUCGAUUGCAGAGAAGUGAAAAUCAAGUUGGUCCAAACUACUGAGUUUUCAACUCGAACUCCAGAAGCAAAACAUCGCACCGAAAGCAUGAAAGUGGCAGAGAAAAAAUUGGGAGCCGUUUUAAAGUUGAGCCGAAAGGAAUAUAAAGAUUUCCUGAAAAUUCCCGCAGUGGCUCCGUCGAGUUUGGAAACUUGCAGUAUAAUCAAAGUGAAAUAUACUUUGGAAAUCAAUGUUAAAAUUGCUGGACUACACACAAAUAUGAAUAUAUCCGUGCCAGUUACAAUUGGAACUAUUCCUUUGGCGGGCACCGUUGCAGGAGGUGACAGCGUAAUUACAAUGCAGCCCCAAGCGAAUGGUCAACGUGACGGGCAACCACCACCAUACAGUUCAAUAGCCCCUCCUGCCUACGAAGAAGCAACACACAGUGGAAAGCUCUUUGUAGACAAAGAUGAAGAGGAAAAGUAUGGCAAAGCAUUACCGUUUGUACCAAAAUAUCCAGUUUAUCAUAGUCCGAACGCUCCUACUUCCGGACCAAUUCCUCCAACAAUAGGACACACUACGCCCAGUAAACCACCUGCGAAUGUUCCAGCCGCUGGACCAACACCUGAAGAGUUGAAUCUUGGUAUUAUUCCUAAUCCGGCAGCUACGACUCCUGGUCCUAUUCCGAUGUAUCCGCCAGUCCCUCCAGCAGACCAGCCUUCUUCGCCGCCAAAACAGCCUGAUGUGAAGCCUAGACCAAUUGGUUGGAAUGCAUAAGUAUAUCGUGUGCAUAUCUCCUUAUUUAUACACAUACGAAAUAAAAUAAAAGAUUUUUUUAUUAUUC